GCAUCAAAACAAAACAAAUAUUGGCGCGUAAUUUUUGUGUUGAUAAAGAUAUGUUUAAGAAUUAGUAUUGCUUAUAUAAUAUUAUAAAUAAAUUUCAAAUUAUCAAAUAAAUGAGAUGGGAGCAUUGUAAGAAGUUUUAGCUUAGUAGCUAUGUUAAAGUACGCAGAGAUACACCUUAUGAGUUGUAAUCCAUCUAAUAUUAUCAUUUUACUCAAGUAAUUUUUGAUUAUUUACUAAUUAAUUUUUCAAAAUGAAUCACUUGAUUGAAGCUGAUAUAUUAGCUACUUGCAACGCUUUAGGGACAGAAGUAACAGGUGUAUAUGAAAAGGGUGUCGAGUGUUUAGAAUGUCUAAGAGACUUGCUUAGAUACCUGAGGAAAGACGAUGAUAAUCAUUCAGUACUUCGUUUUCUUGGAUCAAUUCGUUUAGUGCAAACUGAUCUUUUACCUUUAUUAAAGCGGUAUGAACAAGAUGACGAAAUUUUUGAUUUUGUUCUCCGUCUGUUAGUGGCUCUCUCUAGUCCAGCAAUUCUGCUCUUUAAAGAAGAAAUUCCAGAAGAUAAACUCUCUCACAAUGUAUAUUUACAGCUAGUAUCCUACUUACAAACAUAUAAAGAUGCUUUUACAGAUGCUGAUGCGUGGAAUGCACUAUCCAAACGACUUCAAAAUCUGCUGGAAACCAGAUCUGUGGAACGAAGUGAAGCUGAAAGUUUAACCAUAGAGAGGAUUUUAAUACUAAUACGUAAUAUAUUGCACAUACCAACUGACGAUAGAAAUCUCACAAAAACUGAUAGCGAUCUCAGUUCUCAUGAUAAGGUGUUACUGAGUCUUCGAAAAUCCAAAAUUGAUGUUUCCAUCUUGUAUUUGUGUGCAAAUGAAGAAGAAAAACAGUUUUCUUUGCAUGUAUUAGAAAUUGUCUCAUUGAUGCUUCGUGAACAUUCUGCUGAAACUCUUGCGCUCUCUAAUGAGCAGCGCUCAGCUGCGGAGAAAGAAAAAGAUGUACAUUCAUUAGUGUCUGCUUUACAACGUGAACAGUCUAUGAAAGUGAAAAACACUCAAUCUAUGAUUACAUCUAGAUUUAAUGGUGUUUACAGUGUCAAAAAUAUGAAAUCCCUUAGUGAUAAGGAUUAUAUUUCUCAUAAAUUAAUUACUAACAUGGAAGAUGUCAAAUUUGACUCGAAUAAAAAUGCAAAGCGCAAACCUAAAAACAGACUUCCUCCCAAAGACGUUGAUCAAACAAGGCAAUCUACAUUAACUGUUAGAUUAUUUCUUAAAAACUUUUGUAAAGAAUUCCUUAAGACCUAUAACAAAUUAAUGGCUCUUGUUAAGAAAGAGUUAAUCCGAAAAAGUUCUGGGGAUCAUGAUGACUCUUACUACCUAUGGGCUAUCGAAUAUUUUAUGAAAUUUAAUCGUCAUUAUAAAUUUCAGCCUGAUUUUGUUAGUGAGACAAUAUCUGUACAAAUAUUUCAUCACAUUCAAACUCAAAUAACUGAUUAUCUUGAAAUGAUGAUGGCAGAUAAAAAGAAAGCUAAAGUUUGGUCCAAGCGAAUGCAAUUGGGCGUUAGUGCUUAUAAGGAGCUGUUGCAAACAUUAAGAGCUAUGACACAGUCUUCUGACUCUAAUAUAAAGAGAAAUGCAGAUAUUGUAAUUAGCAAUAUUUUUUACGUAAUCGAAUAUCGAGAGAUGCUGUUAUCCCUUUUGACUCAUUAUGAUGAAGUUAAAUUUCCUCUAAGUUAUUUAGCAGAAUUAGUUGAAAGUGCUUAUUUGUUUUUGAAGAUGUUGGAAGAUCACUCUAAACGAAAUUCAGAAAUAAUUAUUCAGAAGAAAAAACGUAAAAUUCGAAGGCGGAAAAAAAAGUCCCAGCCUUUAGACCAAACUAAUACCGCAGAAACAAUAGAAGAAAAAUGGGUUGAUAUUUCUAGUGAAUUAUCAGCUGCUGUACAAGAUCGGCGAAGUAUUCCAAAAGACAUUUCUCCAUUCGAUGGUGCCUCUCAAGUUGAAUUUGAAGAACAGAAAAUUGAAGCAGUGUAUAAAAUAAGAAAUGCCUUAUUUGCUAAAGAAGCAAAUAAAGCUGUUGGUUUAUUGCGUGCUGCCCGAGACCUAUGGCCGGAAGGGGAUUCUUUUGGCUCUCCUGACAUUGAGUCUGAAGAUGAGUUUUGUGUGUUAAGAGAAAUAUUUUUAUCAGACUUGACUGAUCCUGGACAUGCUAUCAAACCUGCUACUGAAGAUCCUGAUUUAGCUGAAUAUGAAUCAGAUGAAGAAGAAGAAUCUCUACCUGCAGUCACUGAACAAAAAUUGGAUAUUAAUGAAAUAUACAAUAAAUAUGCAACACACAAAGUAGUUAUUCCAUGUUGCUUACUGUUGAAUAAUUAUCAAGGUAACUCGCGUCAAACAAAUUCAUGUUUAAUAAAGUUUUUGCAUAGGAUAGCUUGGAGCUGCAAAAUGCAUGCAUUAUUUUUCCAAGCUACAGUCUUUUUAACAUUCCAAAGAAUUUUUCGAGAUCCUGAUAGUUCUCGUGAUCCAUUAAUAAAGGAAUUUUUCAGAUUUGGAAAAUUCAUCAUGAGAAAAUUUUUUGAAACUGCUGAAAAGAAUAAAAAGGCAUUUGUGGAAAUUCUGUUUUGGAAAGGCACAAGAGAAGCAUAUGAGUUGGAAGAAGGGUAUGGUGAAGCUGAGAAUCGUUCUAAUAAGAUAGCUUGGACAGAAGAUGAAGAAGAAGAACUCAAGUAUUUGUUUGAAGAAAACCAAAAUAUUUACAUUGAAGGUCAAGAUAUUGCUGAUUUGAUCUUAGUUAAUCUUCAUAAGAAGAGAACAAAGCUUCAAAUAAUUUCUGCUCUCAAAAGGUUGGGUCUGAUUCAAAAUGUUAAAGAUUUGAAACCUCAACUGAGAAAGGAGUGGCAAGAAGCUGAGAUAAUUGAUCUCCAGAAUUUAUAUGAAGAUCAUAAACUUUCUGAUGAUGUUAUGACAAAUAUUUUGAAUCGUUUAUCUAUAAAACGAUCUAGGAAGGCAGUGGUUGAAAAGCUGCUUGAAUUGAAUAUAAUUCAAGACCGUAAAGAAGUUCUGAAAAAGAAAUCUAAGAAAAAGAACAACUCCAAUAGCUCCGGCUCUGAUUCUGAUGUUGAACCUGAAGAGGAUUUUUGGUCGAAAUCUAAUAAAAAUAAAUCUCAGGUAUCUUCAGAUGAUGAUGCUGAGGAAGACUUUUUCAGAAGUUUAAAAGCUGAUAAAGAAAAUACUACUGGAAUUGCAAGCAUUGAAGAAAAUGAAAAUCUUGAUUCAGCACAGGAAAAAUUUGCAAAUUCUGAUAACGAAAGUAAUAAAAUAUGGGAUGAAAGUGAGAUUUUUGAAUUAAACAAAUUCUUUAAUGAAAAUAAGGAUAGUGAAGAUAUUCUUAGUAUUCUCUGUAGAUUGCUUACAGUAAAAAGAAAGAAAAAGGAAAUUGUUGAGAAGCUUUUAGAAUUGAAUUUAAUAAAUGAUAAAGAAAUGUUGAAAAAGAGUAACAAAACAAAAAAGAAAGAUAAAAAAGUAAUACAGAGUGAUGAUGAAUCAGUAAAUUCUGAAACCAUAACUCAUAAAAAGUCAAAAAAAUUUAGACAAAUUUUAUCAGAUGACUCUGAAGAUGAAUCAACCAAAAGCAGUGAUAAAAAUAAACAAAAGCAAGUGAAAAAGCGCCCUCCAAAGGUGUGGGAUGAAAGUGAAAUUAUUGAACUGCACAAGCUAUUUGAAGAAUGUAAAAAUGACAAUGAUUCAGUUGGAAAUAUUUUUGAAAAACAAACUAUGAAGCGCCCAAAACCUUUAAUUAUUGAAAAAUUGUUGGAAUUAGGAUUAAUAAAAGAUAGAAAAGAAAUAAGAAAGAAAAAAGAAAGCAAAGCUAGUCAGAAACUAGAAAGUACUUCUGAAUUAAAUACUAAACAGAACAAAAAGCAAUUGUCUAAAGUAUGGGAAGAAAAUGAAGUAAUAGAGCUGCAUGAAUUAUUUCAAAAGAAUAAAGACAGUAAAGAUAUAGUUGGUAAUAUAAUGAAACAGCAAACUAUUAAACGACCUAAGCCAAUUAUUAUAGAAAAGAUGUUGGAAUUGGGAUUAAUAAAAGAUAGAAAAGAGGUCAGAAAAAAAAGAGAAACUAAAAGCAGUAAGGGGAAAAAGAAUAAAGAAUCUGAAUCUUCAUCUGAUAACGACGAUGUUCCUUUAACAGUACUUGCGAAUACUUCCAAAGCUAGCCAGAAGCCAGAAAGUUCUACUGAAUCAAGCUCAAAUCAGAAUAAAAAGCAAAGUUCUAAAGUGUGGGAAAAAAAUGAAGUUAUAGAGCUGCGUGAAUUAUUUCAAAAGAAUAAAGGCCGUAAAGAUAUAGUUGGCAAUAUAAUGAGAAAUCAAACUGUUAAACGACCUAAGCCAAUUAUUAUUGAAAAAAUGUUAGAUUUGGGAUUAAUAAAAGAUAGAAAAGAGGUCAGAAUAAGAAGAGAAAGUGAGGAGGCAAAGAAUAAAGAAUCUGAUUCUUCUUCGUCUGAUGAUGAUGAUAAUGUUCCGUUAACAUUGAUCACUAAUACCCCAAUAAACAUUCCAAAAGUGUGGCAGGAAGAAGAGAUAAUUGAACUGCAGCUGUUGUUUGAGGAAAACAAAACUCAAUCAGACUUACUGGACAAAGUAAUUUCAAAAAUGAAAAUACACAGGACUGAAAAAGAUGUUGCUGAAAAGUUAUCGGAACUAGGUUUAAUUUCAAAUGAGAAAAACCUAGAAAAAACUGAAUCCGGAGGUAAAUAUGUUGAGAAUUUGGUUUCGGCAAAAAUGCACAAAAAGAAAAGAAAAAUUAUUGAAGAUUCCUCUGAUGAGGAGGACUUAAGGUUAGACAGUUUGUCUACAAAGAGUGCUUCAGUUUCACUAUCUGAUAUGAACACUGAAAAUUUAGAUCCAAAUAGCUUAGAUGAUGUUGUUGGUGUCCAUAAAAGGAAAAGGUUACGCAUCAAUCUCAGUGACGAUUCUGAUGAUGAUAUUAGUGCUCCUCGUGUGUUGGUGAAUGAACAUGAAAUAACUGAUACAAAUGUCAUGAAAUUGAAUUCUCCUAUUAAACAGACAGCACCCUUUUCUUCUAAAAAAAGAAUACGUGUUUUACAAGAAAGUGAUGAAUCUGACUGAUAUAAAGAUGAAAGUGUUUUAGUCAUUUCAAAGAAGCACCUUAUUUCAGCAAAAGAAUUCGUGUUUUACAAGAAAGUGAUGAAUCUGACUGAUAUAAAGAUGAAAGUGUUUUAGUCAUUUCAAAGAAGCACCUCAUUUCUUGGAGAAUGAGUACCGAAUAACUGAUUUUUAGUACAUUGAAUUGUACUUUUCUUUUUAACAGAUAGCAUAUAUUUCUUAUAAAAAAAUCUUAGUUUUAUGUAGAAACAAGUUUCUUCCAUAAUGGAAAAAAUUGGCCUGGAAGAAAUAAAUUUCUUCCACCCCGAUUGGUGG